GAGUUUAUAACUACCUACUACCUUAGUUAACCUAAAGAUAGCUUAUUUUCCAAAUACACAUCGACGUCUGAGCUCCGGCGGUAACUCCUCUGCAUUAGCUCCGAGCGGUUAUUCCAUCUCUAGAACAUCAAGAACAUCAACAUUAUGAGAAGCCCAAUAUUCACUAAGCUUUUUGAUGGCAUGGUACAUAUUAUGUCGGAGUCUUUAACUUCUGGCCUUAGAAAAAGUGAUGCCUUGCACCCCAAAUUGAAGCAGUCCUUCGUCAAGUAUGGUCAGAGAUACCAUGGCAAGCCUGUUGGUGAGGAGCUAGCAAUACAAACAGCUGCCAAUUUACUCAUUCUUCAUACGAUGCGAGGUGUCGUUUGUUUCAAUUUGGUCUUUGUAGCGAGAGUUAUUUAUGUGGACCGCCAAACUCUCUUGGAAUAUGAGCAAUAUUCAAAGGAAUACAUCGAAGAAGUCGAGCAAUUUAGGGAAGAAAAAGAACAAGAAAUCAAUCGACUCAGGCGAAAGCUUAAGGUGUUAAAGCUAGUAGAAGACGAUAUGUCAAAAGCUGCAAUUCGAGCUAGGGCCAAGGCGACUGAAAGUGAACCAUGACUGAAUUCUGCAAAGUCAAUUUCUUCUUGUUCUUAUUUAAUGUAUAGACAUUAAUUAGUAGAGACACAAAAACGUUAAGUAGGCUAAAAUUGUAAAAUCUACCUCCUCAGACCCUGCUUUUGGGAAUGCGUUGUUCUUUUUUUAGGCUAAAACUAUGUUCUCUUCAAUUAGCUGCAUGUGAUGAGUUAUGGCUGUAAUGAUCCAGGCGAUUGCAUAACUAGUGAAUUAUGUUUGGGUAAUUGAAGACGAUUGCAGCAAGGUAGGAAUUGUGACUCUUUUUAACAUGUUG